AAAAAUUUGUUUCAAAGUUCAUUAUUUGAUUUGCUAUUAAAUUUGGUAAUGAGUACUCUAUAAAAAUAGAAUGGAUAUAAAUUUAAAAUUAGUUAUUGGUGCUGGAUUAAGUUCUGGCUUGUUAUUCGGCUAUUGUGCCAGUCGGUUCUUUUCUUCUUCAAAAUCUAAUGUGAAAAAAAGGUUCAAAGUGGAAUCAAACGCAAAAGAAAUUGAAACCCAAACGGAAGAAAAUGUUUUAUUAUCACGUAGUUUAGAAACGUUUUCAAAUGAUCUUACAUACAACGCAAAUGAAAAUUUUCCGAAUCUUCGAGACAAUAGAUCGUUUAUGGCUCGUUAUUUAACUAAGAAAAUUUACAGUGAUUUGUACAACCGAAGAACUCCUUUGGGUUUUACAAUUGAUAAAGUACUACAAGCGGCUUUAGAUAAUCCAAAUAAAGGUGGUUGCGGAAUUGUAGCUGGCGAUGAAUAUUGCUAUGAGGUUUUUGCACCGGUGUUUGACCCGGUUAUCGCUGAGCGACACGAAGGGUUUAAGCGAAAACGCGACAUGACAACUGUUUUAGAUCAAGAAAGUCCGAGUCAAGUUUCGAUAGAAAGUCCAAUUCAACACCUGUAUGAACGUCCAUUUGACUCAAAACUCGUCAAAUCGUCAUACUUUUUAAUUUCUCGGUGCUUAAGCGGAUUUAGAUUUUCACCGUCGUGCAGUCGAGCGGAAAGAAAUCAUAUAGAACUUCAAUUGAAAACAGCAUUGUUAGCAUUAACAGGAGAUUAUAAAGGUACUUACAUCCACUUAGCUGAAAUGACAACCGAAAUUAAAUCUUCUUUGCCAGAUAUAUUACAAACAGCUUCAAACACAGCUUUCGGUCGCACAUUGUCGUCGCGUGGAGAGUUUCAUGAUUGGCCUUUCGGGAGAGGUGUUUUCUAUAAUUCUGAACUAACCCUUAUGGCGUGGGUGAACUUUGAAGAUCAUUUGCGUAUAAUGUAUCGCAGUGAAGAUUCAAAUUUUAAGGACUCUUAUAAAAAAUUUCAAUCUGCCAUACGCGAACUUGAAGAAAAGUUGUUAGAGGUCAAUAUUACUUUUGCUUUUCAUCCAGAAUAUGGUUAUUUGUUGUCAUGCCCAAGUGCAAUUGGGACUACUUUAAUUGCAGUAGCGUCCGUUAAACUUCCAAGAACUAUUAGGCACGAUAGGUUUCGUGAUAUAGCACGAAAUUUGCGAAUACAUAUUCGAGCGAAAGACCGAGAUGCAUUAAAAAAAGGAUGGGUAGAUGUAUACAAUAAAGAUCGGCUUGGUUUUACAGAGGAAGAGCUUCUUCAUCAAGUUGCCGACGCUGUUCACAAAUUAUGUGAAAUCGAAACAAACUUAGAGAACGACGGCUCAUUUUCAGAUUUACUUAGUUAUAGAAGUAUUCUUCAAUAACUAAGAGAAUCGAAAGAAUAAUUCAUUAGCUUUUUAUAUAUACUUAUAAAAAGCUAAUGAAUUAUUUUAUAUUUUUAUAUAAUAUAUAUAGUAUAUAUACUUGAAAAGUGGUCUAAAGUGCUCAUGACAAAUCAAAUCAUGUGCCUUAGAGCUAUAUUUUUUU